AUGAAUAACAAAGAAAUUCGAAUCACCGCAUUACUAGUGUUGGACACCUUGUUCUUUCUUCUUGAGGCCAUUAUUGGUUACUCAGUGCAGUCGUUGGCGUUGAUUGCCGAUUCGUUCCACAUGUUGAACGAUAUCAUCUCGUUAAUCAUUGCACUCUGGGCCGUCAGAGUUAAGAAUUUGAAACCGGCCGAUGGGAAAUACACGUAUGGAUGGCAAAGAGCAGAAAUAUUGGGGGCAUUAAUCAAUGCUGUGUUCUUGAUUGCCUUGUGUUUUACAAUUAUCAUGGAUGCCAUUCAAAGAUUUUUCCAACCGGCAGAAAUAACCAACCCUCAGUUGAUUUUAGUGGUUGGUAUUGCUGGGUUGUUGAGUAAUGGUAUUGGAUUAGUAUUAUUUCAUGAACACGGUCACUCACACUCGCAUGGCGGCGGUGGUAAUGAGGGACAUGGGCAUUCCCAUUCGCAUACAGAUGGAGAACGUGUUUCUGAUAAUGAAAUUGAAGCCAGGAUUGGGUUAGAUGAAAGUACUCCCUUGAUUCGUUCAACAGUACGUAAUUCGCCUUCUGAAGUUUUUGAUUAUUUCCCUGAUAAUGUUGUUGAAAGAUAUCAUUCGGAGUCUACAUCAGUUAAAACAAGUGAACAUGAACAUGACCAUGAACAUAGUCAUGCUGAUGGUGCUGCUACUAAUGACGCCAAGACCAAGAAGGGAAAGUCCAUGAAUAUGGAAGGAGUGUUUUUGCACGUGUUAGGUGAUGCUUUGGGAAAUGUAGGAGUUAUUAUAACUGCAUUGAUUAUUUGGAAGACUGACUACUGGUGGAAGUUCUAUUCUGAUCCAGUCACGUCUUUAGUGAUCACCUUGAUCAUCUUCAACAGUGCAUUACCAUUGUGUCGUAAGUCGUCCAAGAUUUUGUUACAAGCUACACCACCAUACAUUGACUCGGAACAGAUUUUAAAGGACCUUUUAAAAUUACCAUUGGUGAAAAGUGUUCAUGACUUCCAUGUGUGGAACUUGAAUGAAGAUAUCCUUAUUGCUUCAUUACAUGUUGAGUUGACGCCCAGGUGUGAAGUUGUCUUGCCGGAAAAUGGUCAAAAUGAACCACAAUCAGAUUCUCCUGAUGAAUCGUCAAACACACAAAUUGAUAGAAACUUGUUCUUGAUUGUUGUAUCACAAGUUCGUGAUAUAUUGCACAAGUAUGGUAUCCAUUCGGUCACUAUCCAGCCAGAAUUCCCAAGCUUGAAGAAUAAGUCACUUAAAUCAGUUGGUGCGCAGAAUGACGAUUCAAAUGCAUUUGGUAAUACUUCGAAGUUGAACUGCCUAGUGGAUGGAUUCACUAAUUGUGACACUCAAAGCUGUCAUUGA